GGGCUGUAUAUCUCAAACCAAAUAAACGUGCAACACAACUGACCAAAUCAGAGAUUAACUUAAAACAUACAAGGAAUUUGGGAAAUAACUAUUUAUAGAAACAGCUUGGGGGCCGAAUCUCAACGUCCGCCUCCUGACUUGGCGUCAAAUCAAUGCUUGCGUGAUGAAUGAUCUCUCAUGCGAGCUGAUAUGUCCGAGAUGGUAGCUACCUCCAUACAGGGCCCAGUGGAAGGUCCGAAUGGCACUCAGCCCCGGAAGCGGCCACGACCGGUAAUUUCUUGCCUGCGAUGCAGAGAGAAGAAACUGAAAUGUGAUCGAGUCACGCCGUGCGAGAAUUGUGCCAAAGCUGGAUGCCCUGCGGGCUGCGUCUACAACCAAGGUUCCAAUUCAGUGUCUAAGGCGAAGCGCGUCCGCCUCUCCUCCACUACUUUCGAUCAGCAAGGUGCACCGCGGGGCGAGUCUGGAGGUGGUGCAGGGAUAGGGAUCAUCGAAGACCUGCAGCAACGAGUCCUCAGAUUAGAAGAGCGACUCAGCCUUGGGUCACGUGUAGCCAACACGGACCUGGAUGAAGAUGCCUCAGUCCUUCAAAUUAGCAAUGACCCGCGACCUUGCGAAGCCAUUUCCGAAUCAGAAAUUCCACGACCAUUUCUCGGCACUUUAGUUGUUAAGGGAACGCGAACACGUUAUCAUGGACAUAAUAACAGGAUUAGCCUUCUGAACCAGUUCCCCCAAGCCAAGGAGUUCAUUGCUCAGUGCAGUGAGAACUCGACUAUUGUCGGCCUUGCUCGAGAAGUGCAGUUCCUUCAAGGAAAAUUGCCACGCCAGUUGGAUUCACCAGCAUCAACUGUGGAUGGUGAAAGCUCGCCUGAGUUGGUACAGCUUCGCGUGUCUCUUCCAGCGAAAAGCAUAUGUGACCGUCUGCUACGGACAUACACCGAUAACUUCGAGAAGAUAUUCCGGAUUAUACACGUUCCCUCGUUUCUUCGCGAGUACGCGCAGUUCUGGACCGAGCCCGAUCAUGAAUUGUACCGGUCCUCUGCAUUCAUACCACAGCUUACGGCGAUAUGCACCAUAUCACUUGCGUUGGAUGGUCAACGUACGAAAAUGAACGAUUCCGACCUAUGGCAGUACUUGAACGGGCCGGCAAUCACAUUGAUCCAACUUUGGCUUCAGAACCUGACUCGUAAGCGGCGAACGGAGCUCGCAACACUCCAAGUCGAGACGCUCAUUCUACUGAGUCGUCGUCUGCGGCUUGUGCCCCCCGAAGAGCUGUGGAAAGCCACAGGCACCCUGAUCCGCUCGGCGAUGGUAAUGGGUCUACAUCUGAAUCUGGCGAGGUGUACCGAGCUUUCCGUCUUUCAGGCACAGGUCCGGCGUCGACUGUGGAUCACGAUCGUGGAGAUGGAUCUUGAAGCGUCUAUCGCUUGUGGCAUGCCGGUGAUGACGUCCCCACACGAUGUCGGACCGCCACCGGCUAACAUCAAUGAUUCUGACUUCGAUGAAUCCACAUCCGAGCUACCACCCGCGAAGGGACUAUCUGACCUGACAGAUUCGCUUUAUCAGGUUUCGUUAGCGACUUCUCUAGCCGACCGCCUACGGGCAAUGUCUGUAGUAAGAAUGGCCCGAGAGCAGACUGAUUUGGACGAACUGGUCCAGCAGGGAGGCAGGAUUGUAGAGCAUCUUCGGCAGAUACCGCGCCUACUGAAGCUGGGGGAGGCUCACAUGGACGAGAAUGAUCCGGCAAUGCUGCUCAAUUGUGUUCUACUGGAUGUUUAUACGCGUAGGCCUCUCCUGUGUCUUUAUCGGCCGGUCGUGCUUGGAGAACCUCGCGACGAUCCGGUUUUCCCGGAGAUCUGCCGGAUUAGCUUGGAGUCAUCCCUCGCCAUCUUGUCUUAUCAGGAUAAUUUUGACCCGAGCGUAGCCGAUCCAGAGGUGUGCAAUCUGGGCGCAUACUGGGACCUGUUCCAGAUUUUCUGCAAAAAUGAUAUUCUAUGGGACGCCCUUAGCGUAUGUGGAUACAUCAAGCAGUCCAGCCAAAGAAGCAUCUUCGACUCUCGGCAAUCAGGUCGUGUAGCUCUCGGAAGCUCGAUGCAUAACAAAGCAAGCCUGACACGAAUUGUUGAAAAUACCUUGGAUAGUUUAACCGCAAGGAUCAGCGAAGCAGGCAGUAAUCUCAAGGAUAUUUUGCUUCUUGCAGUUGUUCUGCAAUCCGUCCGCGUGCGCGGCGCGACCCAGGCCCAAGAAGAACGGAUGUCGCAAGGAGCAAGUAAGGCCUUGUCUGCUUGUCGACAGCACUUACUUCCCGCGGUGGCGGAGGGCUCCUUCGGAUUAAACCUCACUGAUUUCGCCCAAAUGCUUCCAACUACCCAACCGAUGUUUACGCCCGAUGGCCAGGGCUCAUUUACCCCGUCUACUCAGCUCCAUCUACCCGAGGACUUUCUUGCACAGUCAUCAGCACUGGCCAUGGAGUUCGGUAAUUUUCACGGGGACCCGUUCAUCUUUGGGGAUGAUUCCUUCACAUGGAAUGUAUAAUCUAUGAUAUAUUCUUGUGAUGUCCAUAUCCGUUAGUUCUAUAUUCUCGGAAGUAGCCUAUGC